AGGUUAAGAAGAUUAUCAACGAAAUACAGAACAGAGAAGAUCUACCCAACAGCCACUGGAGAAAAAGAAGAAAAUGUUAAAAAGAAUAGAUACAAGGAUAUAUUGCCAUUUGAUCACAGCCGAGUUAAACUGACCUUAAAAACUCCCCCACAAGAUUCAGACUACAUCAAUGCAAACUUUAUUAAGGGAGUACAUGGGCCAAAAGCAUAUGUUGCUACCCAGGGACCCUUAGCCAAUACAGUCAUAGACUUCUGGAGAAUGAUAUGGGAAUACAACGUUGCUAUAAUUGUAAUGGCCUGUCGAGAAUUCGAAAUGGGAAGGAAAAAAUGUGAGCGCUACUGGCCUCUGUAUGGAGAAGCAGCUGUAACUUUUGGACCGUUUCGUGUUUCUUGUGAAGCUGAGCAGGCAAGAACAGAUUACUUUAUUAGAACAUUAUUACUUGAAUUUCAAAAUGAGACUCGUAGUGUCUAUCAGUUUCAUUAUGUUAACUGGCCUGACCAUGAUGUCCCUUCAUCUUUUGAUUCUAUUCUGGAUAUGAUCAGCUUGAUGAGAGAAUACCAGGAACAUGAAGAUGUUCCUAUUUGCAUACACUGCAGUGCAGGGUGUGGAAGAACAGGAGCCAUCUGUGCCAUAGAUUAUACGUGGAAUUUGCUUAAAGCUGGGAAAAUACCUGAAGAAUUCAAUGUAUUUAAUUUAAUACAGGAAAUGAGGACGCAGAGGCAUUCUGCAGUGCAAACAAAGGAGCAGUAUGAACUUGUCCAUCGAGCCAUAGCACAACUGUUUGAAAAGCAACUGCAAAAAUAUGAAAGUUGUGCAGAGUGGAAGAUUGCAGAUGGAGUGGAUGGAAAUAAUACAGAAAAUGCUGUCAGUUCUUCAGAUGCUGAGAAACAGGAUUCUCCUCCACCAAAGCCUCCACGGACCCGCAGUUGCCUUGUAGAAGGAGAUGCUAAAGAAGAAAUCUUGCAGCCUCCAGAGCCUCAGCCAGUACCACCAAUCCUAACACCAUCUCCCCCAUCAGCUUAUCCAACAGUCACUACGGUGUGGCAGGACAAUGACAGAUACCAUCCAAAGCCAGUUUUGCACAUGGUUUCAUCAGAGCAUUCAACAGACCUCAACGAGAAUUACAAUAAGUCCACAGAACAUUCAGGGAAGAACGAACCCAGUGAACACACAGAGAAGAGGCUGGAGCGCAACUUAAGUUUUGAGAUCAAGAAGGUGCCUCUUCAGGAGGGACCACGAAGCUUUGAUGGGAACUCCCUGUUGAACAGGGGACAUGCAAUUAAAAUUAAGCCUGUGUCAUCCUGUGUAGCUGAUAAGAGCUUUAAGCCACAGGAACAGAUUUCAGGGGAUUCAUUUGUUGAUGCUUCUCAAAACUCAUGUAUGGAGUACAGCGUGCCACAGUCUAACACAGCCUUAACAUCUUCACCAGAAGGUCUGCAGAGUCAGCAGGUGUCUGACACCCCACCCAGACCAGACCGUCUGCCCCUGACAGAGAAGGGACACGCCCCGUGGUCGCUGCAUGGGCCUGACAAUGCACUGCGCACGUCCGUGUCUGAAGAGCUGUCUUCAGACACCCUGUGUCACGGUGUUCAAACUCUCUCUCUAGUUCCAAACACCCCAGCUGAACAUCCUUCCAGUGAUUCUGUUGAUCAUACUCCUCUUUCUGUUCGAGCACCCCUGUGUUUUACUAAUCCUCUCCAUGCAGAUGAUUCUGACACGGAGGAGGUGGACUUUGACAGAGCCAUGAGCAAAAGCGCGUCCAAUGUGUCAACCGCAAGUGCCACAGUCUCUGCUGCCACUAAUACUGAAAACAUUUCUGCCAGAAAAGUAUUGCCAAUGUCUAUUGCUAGGCAAGACUUAACAGCUGUAACAUGUUCUGAAGAUGGCAAAGAUGCUGAUGCUAGUGAAGAUUCCUCUCCCCCGCUCCCAGAAAGAACACCAGAAUCAUUUGUAUUAGCAAGUGAACAGAGCACACCCUUGCUGAAGCCAGUUCUGAUUGCACAGUCGGAAUGGAGCGUGUUGCGUGAUCAGCACCUGCCUGAGCAAACAGCCUCCACAGGUUUGAAAACAACUUCACCUAUACUACCUGAUCGUCCUGAACGAAGCAACAAAACACCAACUGACAUUUUACCUCAGAUUUCUUUUUCUGGUUCCACUGAUACGAGAGGUCAAAUUUCAGAAUUUCCUGCAGAAGUAACAGAUAUUGGUUUUGGUAACCGCUGUGCAAAGCCCAGAGGACCAAGAGAACCCCCCUCAGAAUGGACAUGAUCCAAGAACCAAUGGACAUACUAUCAAUAAAUUAUACUGGAAAACUCAAGUGCCACUGAGAACUAGAGAAAUAGUGUUCCACUUUCCUGGGGGGCAACUAACACAGAGCAGUGUAGAUCUAACUAUCAAUGGUACAUUCUUGCAGUGCAUCCCAUGCAAAACCUGACACAGGUUCACAACAGUGGAUUCCAGUAUUACAACCUUUUGCUGGGGCCAUCUACCUGCCUUACUACACUUAGGAGAAAGUAUUACAUAUGAUUUAUUUUGUAACUUCAAGUAUUAUUGCCUUAAUGUCUUUUAACCCUGUUACACGCUGCUUGUAGACAUAUGUUAAUAUAGUAAUACUUUUGACAGAUUGUGUUUAUGGACUACUUUUUGCUAACAUUUGAUUACCAUGUAUGCAUUAUUUUGUAUAUGUACAGGGCAAGUAAGUAUAUAAUUUGAUAAAGUUGCAAUCAUAAAAUAUUAACAGAAGAUGUAAGAAAUCUCUGCAUGAUCUAAAUUUUUGUGUACCUUAUUUGUAAGUUAUUUGCCCUGAAGUUUUAGAAAAUAGUUUCUGGGGUUUUUUACAAAAAUUGCUGGACACACACAGCCAGAAUUGCAGGUUAGCAGAGAUAAAGAUUGUAAUGCAUUUUGUAAAUUGUAAGCAAAAGGUUAUUUUUAUAUUAUAUACUGUUUAAUUGUCAGAUCUGAUUUGUUCUGGUUUUCAUCUAGUCAUGGAGAUUCAGUAAGUGCCUUGGAACAGUAUUGAAUUCUCUUAGCCUGUGUAUGUUACUUCAGUGUUUUGAGUUCAUCUGGAAUUAGAUUAUCAAAAAUAUUUGUAUGUUUCUUAGUAUAUUUGACCUGCCAGUAAAAGAAAAACCAUUUUACAUAAUCAACACUCCUUAGUUUUCAUUUUAAUGUUUCAUCAGUUGCAAACUUUACAAAGUUCAUCUCUAUCACCUUUUGAAUAGUAGGAUUUUACGGUUAUAAUAUGGCAUGUUUCUAAUUUGGGAAAACCAGAACACACUGGUAAAAGGACUGUUUCAAUACCACUGUCUUCUCUUACAGAUGGGGAAUACAAUGUAUGUUGUUCAGCGACUGUGUAUGUAAGAAAGCAACUUAUAUGAAGGUUCACCUGGAGCCCUUGCAGCCACACUGUAUCUUGGCAAUAUAUUAUGUCAAGA